GAGCACAUCACUGUCCCAGACUGACCGUAUUGAGAGAGCUAAAUAACUCAACACACAGCACACAACCCAAGAGAGCCGGCACAUGAGCGUCCCAACAUGAAAGCAGUCUUGUUGCUUUUACUUGGAUUAGCGACAGCGUUUGCUGCAGAGGAAACGUGUGCUGGACGUUGUCAGAAUGGCUUCGAUCCUACAAAGAAAUGUCAGUGUGACUCCAUGUGCAAGUACUACGGAAGCUGCUGUCCAGAUUUUGAGACAUCAUGCAAAUCUAAAACCCGAGGAGAUGUGUUUGACUUUACUGAAGAAGAUCUGAACACUACAGUGAUCCCAACUGCAGUGAUGAAUACAACAACAGCCGCUCCCAGUCCCACCCCUGUAUCCACUGUAUCUCCCGACCCAGAGGCGGUCACCUGCAGUGGACGCUCAUUUGAUGCUUUCCUGCAGUUAAAGAAUGGAUCCAUUUAUGCUUUUAGAGGUGAUUACUUCUUUGAGAUGGAUGAGCGGUCAGUGAUGCCAGGCUAUCCCAAACUCAUCAAAGAUGUGUGGGGCAUCUCUGGUCCCAUCGAUGCUGCUUUUAGCCGAAUCAACUGCCAGGGAAAGACUUACAUAUUCAAGGGUAACAAGUACUGGCGUUUUGAUACAGACGUCCUGGAUGACGAUUACCCCCGAGAUAUCUCAGUGGGGUUUGAGAAGAUUCCAGAUGAUGUUGAUGCUGCAUUUGCUAUUCCUGCCCCAGGUCACCACGGGAAGGAGAAAGUGUAUUUCUUUAAAGGUGACCAGUAUUACCAGUAUGAAUUCAAGCACCAGCCGUCACACGAAGAAUGCAUUGAAAUGACCAAGAUGUCCCCCUCCGUUCUCUUCACAAGCUACACUAACCUGUACUGUGAUCAUGACUGGGACAAUCUGUUCACCUUGCUCUUCCAAGGCUUAGAGGGACAUCACAGAGGCCCCCGCUUCAUUGCCAAAGAUUGGGUGGGCAUCAAGCCUCCAAUAGACGCAGCGAUGGUGGGCAGGCUGUAUGAGGGAUCCAAACCCUCUACCUCACCAACGUCCUCCACAGAUGCAGUUGUAGUUCCCAGCAGGAGGCGAUCCUCCCGCAGGAGAAAACACAAGGGCAAAGGAUCUAAGAUCCAGAGUCGCUCGCUCUUCUGGGAAGAUUAUGGUUUGGAUUAUGAGGAGAGGUAUUUUGGAGCAGAAAGGCGAGGCAAAGAUCAGAGGAAAGGCCGCGGUAGACGUCCAUCUCUCGAUGACUACAGCUAUGACCUCACUGAUUACACUGACCUGGAAAUAGUGCAGGAGAAAACAAUGCCAGUGCAAAACGUCUACUUCUUCAAAAAAGAUAAAUACUACAGAGUGGAUCUGCAGACCAAACGGGUUGACUAUGCUAACCCUCCUUACCCGAGAUCCAUCGGCAAGUACUGGCUGGGAUGUAAAGAGAAGGAUUUAGCAGAGAAAAGAUAAACAUCUCUACAGAAAAUCCUGCUAGUAGCCAUUGCUUUAUUAGCCUUACUUUAAUUAAGAUUUUGUUUGGAAAGACCAUGCAAACACUGACAAUGAAUAACAAUUGGUGACCUAUUGCUGUCUAAGUAAUAAACUUGCUACUUUGUAAUAUACAACUGAAAUGAAUAUUCCAGUACUUCCAAAAUCUGUUGCAUCCAGUGCUGGGCAGGUAUAUUUACUCAACUACAUGUAUAUUUAGGAUAAUCUACUUUAUUACUCAGUUGAUUUUAGGCUUUAACAUGUAGUUUUUAAUUCAUUUUUUCUCUUUAAAUUCAACAUGCAGUAAUGUUGGUGACAGCCUCAGUACUUUUAUUUUUCAUUAAGUAAUUAUUCCAUAGAGGUGACAACACAUUCACCAGAGUAUGAGUUCAGGCUACUCUACCCACCCCUGCCUGCAUUUGUAAUGUACUAUUAGCACAGAAAGUAUUUCCAAUACAUGUACCAGAACUCUGGGCUGAAAAUGAUGAAUAUUAUAUAGUAUAUGCACCAUAGUUGUUUACUGAGCUCAUUUACUGAACUUGAAAAAUGCUAGUUUGAUUUUUUUUAAUUGGUGUACUGAUCAAUUAUUUCUCAGUGUGUCAAAUUUGAUGGAUGGAUAAUGGAAAAUUACUCUCCACAUGUCCAGUCAUCAAAAUCCAAAGGUCAGAUAAUAUAUCCAAAAGGGCAAGAGCAAAAAUCAGUCCAAAGAGCAGGCAACAGGCCGAAACACCCACAAAAAAAACACAAGGGAAUAAAAAAGGCUUGGUAAGGCAGACAUUGAGGAACUGGCAAUACUUCACAAAGUGCCAAUGCAACUGAGAGGUUUUAUAACAGAGCAGAGUAAAGAGGAAAUGAGGAUCAGGUGGAGCUCAUUAGGGUUGUCAUUAGAACUCAGGAGAGGAAGACCUCUGGUGGCUAGAAGGGGGGAUUGCUGACAACUAGAUGUUCAAAAGCUUGAGCUUGUGUUUCCUAUAUCAUGGAGGAUUUUGAGGCAUGUUUUGGAUCAUUGUCCUAUUAUAGAGGUUUUUGUUUUGUUUCCAGAAUUUGCUUCAAUUUAGUAGAAUUCAUUCUUCAACUUGUGCAAUGUUUCCUGGGCCACUGCCUGCCACACUGGCUUGGCCUGGUUUGUUUGUGAGUGGCUAAAUACUUCUAUGCCUGUACCUGCACUGAACCCUAAACUGAAGCAAGAGAGUACUCUUUUAAUUUUUCUUAGGAAGUACAAUACAAUACACACAAUACAAAGACUUUCACUAAGCUCCUGAAAAUAAAGUUUCCUAAAUGGU